AUGGCUGCAUAUCAGGAGGUUGUGAGCGACUUAUCCUGCCGGUACAAUUUCGACAGCCACACCGAUGCUGAAUCCUCGUGCACAGCCUCUUCAGUCGUGUCUGCGGAGAAUCUAUACCGUGUGGCCUCCGAGGCGCAGACGCGUGUCAAGCAGGAAUUCGAGCCUGCAACCAUCCCUGCGUCUGCCGCGAGUUCUGGCGCUACCAGCUUCGCUUUGCACUCUCAUCAACUGUUGGGCUGGAAGACCAGGGGGGAUCAACCCCGGAUACCACUUUUCUGCAUCAACGCGCAAGGAUGGGACUGUCCCUUGACUACGCUGCUGGACACAGGAGCCAAUGUCACAGUGGCCCGAUUUUCGGUUGCGCAGCGUGGAAAUAUGCGCAUUUUCCCGCUGGAUCGCCCAGUGCCGCUGCUCAAGUUCGACGGGGAAGAGAAAUCCAGUCACCAAUAUGCGUGGGUUCUUCUGCGUAUGCAGUGUAGACCACAUAGACCUCGAUGGGCCAGGGUUUAUCUCCUGGAAGACAAAUAUCUCCCCUUUGCUGAUGCUCAUUUGGGCUACCGAAAUGCUGUAGAGCUCGGGCUGCAAGUCUGUUUGAGGGAGGAUUGA